GGAGCGGGGCGGGCGGCGCGGCGGGGCUCGCUCGGCGCCGCAGCCGUAACCUCCCGUCUCUCCCUCUCGCAGCGGCCGCGGCGACGAUGCAGGCGGAGUCGGGGAUCGUGCCGGACUUCGAGGUGGGCGAAGAGUUCCACGAGGAGCCCAAGACGUACUACGAGCUGAAGAGCCAGCCCCUCAAGAGCAGCAAUUCCGAGCAUCCUGGCGCUUCCAAGCCUCCCUUAAGCUCCUCCAGCAUGACCUCACGAAUCCUGCUCCGACAGCAGCUCAUGCGUGAGCAGAUGCAGGAGCAGGAGCGUCGGGAGCAGCAGCAGAAGCAGCAGGCAGCCCAAUUCAUGCAGCAGCGAGUGCCCGUGAGCCAGACACCUGCCAUCAACGUCAGCGUGCCCACCAGCCUGCCCCCUGCCACCCAGGUGCCCAUGGAGGUCCUCAAGGUGCAGACUCACCUUGAGAAUCCAACCAAGUACCACAUUCAGCAGGCCCAGCGGCAGCAGGUAAAGCAGUACCUCUCUACCACUCUAGCAAAUAAACAUGCCAACCAAGCCCUGAGCUUGCCAUGUCCAAACCAGCCUGGGGAUCAUGUCAUGCCACCUGGGACGGGGAGCAGCGCACCCAACAGCCCCAUGGCUAUGCUCACCCUCAACUCCAACUGUGAGAAGGAGGGAUUUUAUAAAUUUGAAGAGCAAAGCAGGGUUGAGAGUGAGUGCCCGGCUCUGAAUACACACUCACGAGCAUCAUGCAUGCAGAUGGAUGAUGUGAUUGAUGACAUCAUUAGCUUGGAGUCCAGUUACAAUGAAGAAAUCCUCGGCUUGGUGGACCCAGCCCUGCAAAUGGCAAACACGUUGCCUGUGUCUGGCAAUUUGAUUGACCUUUAUGGCAACCAAAGCAUGCCUCCUCCAGGACUAAACAUCAGCAACUCAUGUCCAGCUAAUCUUCCUAAUAUAAAAAGGGAGCUCACAGAGUCCGAAGCGAGAGCGUUGGCUAAGGAGAGGCAAAAGAAGGACAAUCACAACUUGAUUGAAAGAAGAAGAAGAUUUAAUAUUAAUGAUCGUAUAAAAGAACUGGGCACCUUGAUACCCAAGUCAAAUGACCCCGACAUGCGCUGGAACAAGGGAACGAUCCUGAAGGCGUCGGUGGAUUACAUCCGCAAGCUGCAGAGGGAACAGCAGCGCACCAAGGAGCUGGAGAACAGGCAGAAGAAGCUGGAGCAUGCCAACAGGCACCUGCUACUCAGAAUACAGGAGCUUGAGAUGCAGGCCCGGGCACAUGGACUGUCCCUUGUCCCAUCCACAGGCCUUUGCUCCCCUGACAUGGUCAACAGGGUCAUCAAACAGGAGCCCGUGCUGGACAACUGCACCCAGGAGAUGAUGCCACACCACACAGACCUGUCCUGCACCACCACGCUGGACCUCACUGACGGCACCAUCACCUUCAGCGACAACCUGGGCAACGUGACUGAACCAGCCGGCACCUACGGAGUUCCUGCCAAAAUGGGAUCCAAGCUGGAGGACAUCCUGAUGGACGAUACGCUGUCCCCCGUGGGAGUGACUGACCCCCUGCUCUCCUCCGUGUCUCCUGGCGCGUCCAAGACGAGUAGCAGGCGGAGCAGCGUGAGCAUGGAGGACACUGACCAUGCCUGUUAGCACCUGUUGGCACAGCUUUCAGAAACUGCUUUGGUUCUUUGAUCAGUAGAUGAAAUAAUUUACCCUUUUGUAGAAUUUUUUUGAUUUUUUUUUUUCCCCCUCGUGCUUCAUCAGUGUGUGUGCGUGUGUGUAUAUAUUAUAUAUAUAGAAUUUUUUUUAGAAUUUUUUGUGAAGAAACUUGUAUAUUCUAUUUUAAAACUACCAAUGCCUCCAAAAUAUUGUACAGCAUAUGUACAGAAUCUGUGAACUGGAUUCGCCAAGAACUUUGAACUGGUCAAAUCUACUCAAAGCAAUAGAAUUACAGAUGAAGAGUCUGUUUCUACUGGGGGGGAGGGGGCAAUUGUAGGAUUGUAAAUGCAACCUAUUUACUUGGAAACAAAAUGUAAAGUUUAAGAAUGUAAAGAAACAACAACAACAACAAAAGUCCAAUUUGUAAUUGUAUUAAUUGAAUAGUGCUGCCUUAAAGAUACAGUGUCCCUCAAAUGUUGGUCUUACAUGACAAGUGUUUAGGGAAAAUACCCACCUGACUUCACUCAGAAAAGAAACUAAAUCCAAGUGUUAAGACAUCCUAAUUGUGUUGAUUGUGAUAUAAAAUGCUGUUGCUGAAACUGCAGGGAGAUGUGAGUGUCUCAGAGUGUUGUUUAAUUUUACUCUGAGCUGAUUUGGGUUUUCCUUUUGAUCAUGGUUCAAGUUUUUCCUCUUAAAUUUUUAUUUUGUUUUGUGACACAAAUGGGUGGCUUUGCCAAUGGCAAAGCAAGCAGGAGCACUGUAAGUUGGGAUACACUCUUUGGACAAAAAAAAUUAUGCAUAUUAUAGCUGGGCACAUUAUGUUGUACAUAUCUAAUUGGCUUUAUUUUUUUUUUAUUGCAUUGUACAGUUUCUUUUGAUUUGCAUGGAUUCCUUAGUUAUCCUCAACUUUUUGUUUUAAAUUUAUUUGUAUUUCAUUUGUAAGAUUUUUGCCUCUUAAUAUUGCAGCGAUUUUUUGACAUUUUUAAAACUCAUUGGAAGUUUUCUGCGUUCUUUGUAAACACUUGAAAGGAAGCUUUUAUGCAGGGUUCUGUGUUUUAAGAGAGAUUUUGAGAAUAUUUUGUAUAUUACAGUCUCACUUUGAAAAUGUUUUUAAACGCAUUUAAGGUAGAGUAAAAAUUUAGAUUAGGUAAUAAAACAACUCUGUAGAGAAACUGAACUUACAUAUUUAUUUUUAGUGAUACAGAAACAAAGUAGUAAUAUGCUUGGAAACAUAACUAUGUAGUUAAUAUACCCGUUAGAGCAAUUCGUGUUCUAUUUCAGCACUGGGGCUGACAUAAGAGAAAAAAAAAACAACAAAAAAAAAAGAGUAAAUUACUGUAUCUGCAAAUAA